AUGGUGGCGAAACGAGACCCGGGCGUGAACCUUGCGGAGCGGCUAUGGUUUACGCCUUCUGGAUCCGUGGCAGCCAGGAAUGAGCAACGGAGGGCCUCCAGGAAGGGCCAGGCAAUUUUUCGGGCUGCUUUUGGUGCACCAUCUGGAGCUAUUAUCAGGAUGGCGUUGGUCGGCCUGUAUGACGGGUGUAGCGGGGACAAGAUUGGAGUUGGAGGAGGAGCAGAUCGAUCGGUGGUUGGGCGGGCGAGUGGAGAAGAGUCUGGUCUUAGUGGUCUGGUUGGGCAUGUACUGGCUGUUUUCAGGUGUCGUGGUCGAUUUUUGGUGACUUGA